ACUACAACAUUUUGGAUUUAGUAGCAAAAUGAUUUCUAAUAUCUCCAAAUCCUGGUUUCUUAUAGGUCUUUUCACCUUAAGAGCCUCUGCAGCCUGUUCCAGUUACGGCGUAGAUUAUGUGAACGGUGGCACAUACGAUAUCGAUCCCUCUUCAAACGAUGACUUUACAUUUACGACUACGUUUCAAGGAUGUGAUCAAGAAUCAGUGCAGCCGGUCGUUGUAGAUCCUAGCUCCAUAGUACAUUCUUGUUCCAACAUAACCACAACACCUGCAGGGACGCAGGUAACUUCAACAUGCGAACUUAAAUACUCUGAGAUGACCACCGGUAUUUACAGGAUAGUUUUGACUGGAAAUACGAUUAGGUUUCAGAGGACCAUUGCCCUUAUUGUUGGCGUCCCAGAAGUGGUUACCGUCACAGCUACGCCUACAGUGGUAGUUGGCGUGACAAGCACUCCCGAGGCAACAACAAUAUACAAGACUAUUACGAAAACGCUAACUUCGACUUUACCACCUGCGACGGCGACGAUACCAUGCGACGGGACCACACAGACGGUGACCAUAACACCCACGGAACCAACAGUUACUAGCACAUCAUCAAUCACUCGCACUGUUACGGACGGGAAAGUCACGAGCUACUCGACAACCACGAUAACGAAGACAGCUUACUGCCACUAUCUAACGCCUCCUAAACCGGGUCCUGACCCGACGAUCUGCAUCGGACUCGCCUGCCUUCCAACCGUCGGCAUACCUAUAUCACCCGAGACAGCUGCCGCGACCGGCAACGCGAACGUAGUUGCUACCGCCGCUUCGGUAGCCGCCACCACCGUAACGGUCACCGAGACGACUUACACCGUCACGAGCACCAGCGUUACCACGGUCCCCCCAUCGACGACGACAGAGGACGUUUACCAAACGAUCAUCGCUACAGUAACACCCGCGCCGACAACGAAGUGCGACGACUCCAGGCCUCCGCGCACCGUGACUAUCACGCGGCCUUUCGCCACGUUCACGCAGACAGAUAUUGCGUACAUUACUACGCAUGUCGAAGCGACUGUUUGGGUUGGGCAAACCUCGUACAAGACGUCAACGAACAAAUCAAGCAAGACGUCCUGCUCGAGGAACGGAGGAUGGUACGGGGCAGAUGGGAUCAUGGCUGCCACGGCUACGGCGUGAGAGGCUACGUCUUACGAGGUUCAGGGGGCUCAGCGUCUGGAAAUAACCUCAUCAGGACUUUAUCGCAUUCUAGCGCUCGUAUGUAUUUAGGUGGUCCUCGAAUACAG